AUGACUGAAUAUGAAAAUCGCAGCGACAACAUUGAUUUAAGUAGCGUUGAUCUUGCCAAAUUAACUGAAUUAGUCAACCGUCUUGAUGCAUCGACAAUUUCAUCGACAGAAAAUUAUAAUGCAUUCGAAAUUAACAUUAUAUUAUCGGCUCUUAAAGAUCAUUUGUCAAAUCCUGCUAUUCAAAAUAGACUAUCAUCCAAUCGGGAAAUACUCGAACAGAAGUUGCCAGAUAUAUUCAAUCAUUUUUGUAAAAUUUCGAUUAGAUUUUCGUCUUCAUUGUCCAAUCACCCGUUAUUUAUGAUUAAUAUUGUUUAUCUAUGGAAUAUAAUUUGUUCAAAGCUCGGUACAUCAAUUGAAAACGAACUUCUCUCAGCACAAGAAUAUUAUAACAUAGCCAUGGAAGGUUUAAGUACGGAUAAACUCUCUAUGUAUCUUACUGGUACUUAUGCAGAAAUAUUCUUAAAGUUAGCUAAAAUGGUUAUAUGGGCAGACAGUAGACAAAUGGAACAUCUGAAUCUAUCUGACUAUACGGCUCACAAAUGUUUACACGAAGAAAAAUAUGACGCUGUAUAUCAUAAUAUUAUCAUAUUUAUUGAUAACUAUUUUGGGAAUAAAGAGAUAGAUACAGAAAAAAUAGAUUAUGUCAGUGUCAUCUUUUCACUUAUUGUUGUUAUGGCUGAUAGCAAGAGUCUUUUACCUACUAUUAUUCGGAUUGGUUUUCCAGCAAAAUUAAUCGAAUGGUUAAAUAUUAUGAGUAAUCGAAAUAAUGACACGGAUCCACUUAGUUCACUGAUUAUUGCUGUAAGUAACAUAAGUCAAUGUGAAGAAGGUAUAACAGCAUUGAAUGAAGCGUGCGCAAUCACUGCUUUAGGUAAAUCCGAAAAGGCUUUAGCCAAUAGACUAAAACAUGCUUCGUCUACAUUAUCAUUUUAUUCUCGAAUCUAUGCGAUGAUAGCAACAACAGAUCAACUCAAAACAUUACCAGUGCUUAAUCCAGCUAUUGAUGUUUUAUUGAAAAGAAUUCACGAAGCAAAUGCUUCAUCUAACUUACGUUCGGCCACGGGCCAUCUAUAUGAAUACUUAGUACCUCUUGCUAAACUUCUUAUUAAUGAUAAUAUGGCGAAAUAUGUAUUAGAGAACAAUGAACUAGGUGGUCUUACCUUCUUUAUUGAACUCUUUCAUAAACACAAUGUUCUUUCUACUAAUGAUCUAUUCGUCAAACAUCUUAUUCGAUUAGCACUAUAUAAUAUUUUAUGUCGUCUAGCAUUUCAUCAAUCUGCUCAGAAAGAACUAAAAGAAGAUCAGAAAUUUAUUGUAACUAUUAUGGAAGCUUCAAAACAAUCAACAUCCAAUAGUGAAACUACUAUUCCUUCAUCUUUAAGAAAUAAUUUAAUGACGAUUAAAACUGCUGCUGAUGGAAUAUUGGUCUAUCUCGAUAAAUUCAAGACAUCCGUUUCUAAUAAAAAUGAUGCUAUGAAUACAUCGACGACAAAAAUCCCAAUGAUUUCAUAUUCACAUAAAGAUGCAGAUUUCUGUAGAUCAGUUGUUGCUGGUCUCAAACAACAUUCGAUUUCCGUAUGGAUAGACGAAGAUGGACAUUGUUUAUCAGAUGAUUGCUGGGAAGAAAUAGCAAUUGCCAUAAAAAAUGCAAGUACUAUACUGAUUCUUGUUUCAGAAAACUAUUGUACUAAGAGCGAUUCAUGCCGUGUUGAAGCUACUUACGCUAUAAAAUUAAAAAUUCCAAUCAUUGCUUUAUAUAUCGAUGACAAAUAUCAAGCAGAACCUUGGCUUGAUAUUCAUCUCACAGGAUUACAUGUAAAAUUUGGCAAGAAAUCAUUUACUGAAAGAAUUACUCGUCUGGCUACAUACAUAUCUGCGCGUAAUAACACAUCGGAAUCGACAGAAACAAUGCAGCAAAUAACGGGACAGUUUUCGCAUGAAGUCAGUAUAGUAUCUACGAAAGAACAACAACCUAUUUUAUUAAAAAGCAAGAUUCCUGAAACUGUUAUUAAUCAUUCUAUACCAACUACAGCACCACGUACAUGGUCAGCAGCUGAAGUACAAUCUUGGUGGUGCACUGAAAGAGCUCUUGUACCUCAACUAUGUACUUUUUAUGAUGGCGAAGCACUAUGUGUGUAUGCUCGAUUAUUUUUAAGUUUUUAUCAAGAAAAUCCAGUUAAACAUUUUCAAAUCCUACAGGAACGAUUAAACCGUGAGCAUGGAAUCAAUUUUUACGAUGAUUCUUAUGCCAAUACAGUGAGCUCUAUGAUGUGGAUUAUAAAACAAAAUAAAUCUUCAAAAGAUACAGUAGACAACCAUUCAAAUUCAACUGUAUGUACACUUUCAUAA